GCGCUACUCGCUCGUUGUUUCAUUGAGAGAACCGCAACAUGGCAGUCGACGGACCACCGGGCACCGAUUCUCUGCCGUCCGAUUUAGGGAGCGCUAUCGCGGGGUUAAACACAUGGAGCCACCCGGAGCUCCAGGCCAAGCUGGCGGAGCUGGGAGCGCCGAACAUGGGUCCCAGAGAGGAGCUGAUUGACAGACUGAAGGGCUACAUGAUGCAGACUGGGAUCCUCCUCAGCAAACCUAAUGAUGACAAGCCUAUGGGCUCCCAGAUGCCCGGGAUGCCUCCCCUGCCCCCGAUGCCCAUGCCCCCGAUGCCUCCUGGUAUGGGGAUGCUGCAUUCCAUGAGCAUGAUACCCGGCGGGCCCCCUCCGCCCAACAUGCACAUGGGCAUGGAGCCGCCGGGCUUGCCCCCCCCUGGCCUGUCGCAGGACGACCAGCUGAAGAUGGUGCAGCAGAGGGCGGCCAUGGUGUUGCAGCAGGAGGAGAGAGCCAAGCAGCAGGGUGAAUCCCGUGUCAUGGAUGAACAGGAUCUUCUGGAGCAGCAGAAGAGGGCUGCAGUGAUGCUGGAGCAGGAGCGUCGGCAGGAGAUGGUGAAGAUGCAGCCGGGUCCGGGGGCCCGCUCCAUGCCCACUGUCAGCAUCAUGAGAGGUUUGGAUCCUCGUGGACCGCUGCCUCCUGGCGUCAGCAUGAUGCCCGUCCAGAAACAGAGAGUUCCUCCUCCUCCGGGAGAAGACAACCGAGAGGCGUGGCAGAGCGACGAGGUGAGCAUCAGCGGGCCAAAGAUCCCCCAGGCUCUGGAGAAGAUCCUGCAGCUGAAGGAGAUCAGACAGGAGCAGCUCACAGACCCCACAGGAGAGGAGGAAGAUGACGAGGGAGCAGAGAUGGACUUGAACAACUCGUCCGCAGCCGGCAUGUCGGAGACGGAAGAGGACGACGGACAGAUAUCCAAGAAGGAUAAAAACCGCCGGCGCCGAAACCGCAAGAAGAAGAGCAAACAGAAGCGGGCGCAAGAGAAGAAGGAGCAGGCGGAGCAGAAGAAGGAGGAAGGAGACGACAAAGAGAAGGAGAAGGAGAAGGAAAAAGAGAAGGAGUCCGAGGUGGAGAUCGAGUACAUCACGGAGGACCCGGAGAUCUACGACCCCAACUACAUCUUCUUCAAGAGGAUCUUUGAGGCGUUCAAGCUGACUGACGACGUGAAGAAAGAGAAGGAGAAGGAGCCCGAGAAGGCGGAGAAGCAGGAGACGGCCGUGCUGCGGAAAAAAGGAUUUGAGGACGAGAGGAAGGACAGCGACGACAGCGAUGAUGAAAUCCGUCCAGACGUUCCUAAACUCUCCAAGAAGAAGCUGAGGAGGAUGAACAGGCUGACUGUGGCCGAACUCAAACAGCUGGUGACUCGUCCAGACGUGGUGGAGAUGCACGAUGUGACGGCCCAGGAGCCCAAGCUGCUGGUCCACCUGAAGGCCACCAGGAACACGGUGCCGGUCCCCCGUCACUGGUGCUUCAAAAGGAAAUACCUGCAGGGCAAGAGAGGCAUAGAGAAGCCUCCGUUCGAGCUGCCCGAGUUCAUCAAGAAGACGGGGAUCCAGGAGAUGAGGGAGGCGCUGCAGGAGAAGGAGGACGCCAAAACCAUGAAAACCAAAAUGAGGGAGAAGGUUCGGCCAAAGAUGGGAAAGAUCGACAUCGACUAUCAGAAGCUCCACGACGCCUUCUUCAAGUGGCAGAUCAAACCCAAACUCACCAUCCACGGAGACCUCUACUACGAGGGCAAGGAGUUUGAAACUCGCCUGAAGGAGAAGAAGCCGGGCGAUCUGUCUGAUGAGCUGCGUAUCGCUCUGGGCAUGCCAGUCGGACCUAACGCCCACAAAGUCCCCCCUCCUUGGUUGAUCGCCAUGCAGAGGUACGGCCCCCCUCCCUCAUACCCCAAUCUGAAGAUCCCCGGACUCAACUCCCCCAUCCCAGAGAACUGCACGUUCGGUUACCACGCUGGAGGCUGGGGGAAACCGCCAGUGGACGAAAUGGGCAAACCUCUUUACGGCGAUGUGUUCGGGACCAAUGCUGCAGACUUCCAGGCCAAAGCGGAGGAGGAGGAGGUGGAUCACACGCCGUGGGGAGAGCUGGAGCCUUCAGACGAGGAGUCGUCAGAGGAAGAGGAGGAUGAGGAGAGCGACGAGGAGAAACCAGACGAGACGGGAUUCUUCACGCCAGCGGACAGCGGGCUGAUCACUCCCGGAGGGUUCUCGUCGGUACCCGCAGGCAUGGAGACGCCUGAGCUGAUCGAGCUGAGGAAGAAGAAGAUCGAGGAGGCCAUGGACGGAAAUGAGACGCCUCAGCUGUUCACCGUGCUCCCAGAGAGAAGAACUGGCCCUGUCGGAGCCGCCAUGAUGGCCUCCACACACAUCUACGACGUGUCAGGGGCCAUGGCAGCUCGAAAGGCGGCCGGAGGGCAGGAGUCUCAGGGCGUGGAGGUGGCCCUGGCCCCCGAGGAGCUGGAGCUGGACCCCAUGGCCAUGACGCAGAAGUACGAGGAGCACGUGAGAGAGCAGCAGGCCCAGGUGGAGAAAGAGGACUUCAGCGACAUGGUGGCGGAGCACGCUGCCAAACAGAAGCAAAAGAAGAGGAAAGCCCAGCCACAGGACACGAGAGGGGGCGCCAAGAAAUACAAAGAGUUCAAGUUUUAGAGGAGAAAUCGCCGAGACGGAACUCUGCGAGAGGAUGAGCCACGACCGGAAACGAGAGAGAGAGAAAGAGCCAGUUUUUUACUCCACAGGAUGCAGACUGCAAAGCCAAUCAGCUGUUAAGACCAGUAACCGUAAACCCGUUUGUUUUGUUUUCCUU